CAAGUAGCAAGUCACACAUCAACUCCAACAACCACCCGCCGUCGACAACCACCACCCUCCCCCUACAUUCUUUUCAGACCACCUUCGUCCCCAGCAGCCAAUAUGUCGGACUCUACUGUUGGCCAGACGAAGCAGUUUGGAAAGGGCCAGAGGACCGUCCCUCACCCGGCCCAGAAGGCCCAGAAAUGGUACCCCGUUGAUGACGAGUCGCAGCCCAAGAAAGUCCGCAAGGCUAUCCGUCCCGCUAAGGUCCGCGAGAGCCUCCAGCCCGGUACCGUUCUGAUCCUCCUCGCCGGCCGCUUCCGUGGAAAGCGUGUCGUUCUCCUCAAGCACCUCGAGCAGGGUGUUCUCCUCGUCACCGGUCCCUUCAAGAUCAACGGUGUUCCCCUCCGCCGUGUCAACGCUCGUUACGUGAUCGCCACCAGCACCCGUAUCGACAUCAGCGGUGUUGACGCCCAGACCAUCGAGAAGGUCUCCGCUGCCGACUACUUCACCAAGGAGAAGAAGGCUGAGAAGAAGACCGAGGAGGCUUUCUUCAAGCAGGGAGAGAAGCCCCAGAAGAAGGUUGUUGCCAGCGCUCGCGCUAGCGACCAGAAGGCCGUUGACCAGUCCAUCCUCGCCUCCGUCAAGAAGGAGGCUUUCCUCGGAAGCUACCUGGCCAGCACCUUCAGCCUCCGCAACGGCGACAAGCCCCACGAGAUGAAGUGGUAGAUGUGUGACGCGGCGGCCGCGGGUUCGGUAGUUAUUGUGGAGGAGUCCUGCGAGGGGCGGCGGCUAGAACCCCCUUUCAAUCUUUUGCAAGCAACUGGUCGAACUCCACAACCGGCACUUGCGAAAGGAAAGGGGGGUCGCAGGAGGAAACAGCUCAUGAAGUAUAUGUAACUCGAUUCGAGCCUCAUGUUUGCUUAGGAUUGCGGUUUUUUUAAUGCCGAGGUUAAAAAAGGAAAGGAAAAACCGGUUGUUAUUUCAUACUUGAUCUCCCUCAAAACUGAACUGUCUUCCUCCAGCAAUUCUGGCCGUUUCACACCCCCUUCUUGCAGUCGAUAACUUUGAGCCGAAAUGAAAAGAAAAAAAGAAGAAUACCAUUUCCAGCUGUUCAAUUUUAUGUUACUACACUCUGUUCACUACGACUAUUCCAAUUUCUUUCAAUAUCAGGUUCGGGCGGAAAAUAUCAAAAGAAUUGGGCAUUUUACUAUAUCAACGAUCCACUACUGUUCCUCCGCGGUAGAUCAAGUUGUAGUUGAUCAUUCUUUACCAUGAUGUAUGAUGGCAUAGUAUUUGUGUGUGUAUCGACUAUCUACUACUUAUCUGCUAUUGGCAAAGACAUUGCCGGGAUUCCGAUUUCGACCCCA